AUGAGAAAGGACACAUGUAUCAUACCUUUGUUUAAAUGUGGUAGUCGAAACGAUGCCCGCAAUGACAGAGAUAUUUCCGAGCUUAGUGCUAUUCCUAAAAAUCACUAUCGACUAUUACGAAUGUUUUGGAAUUUGGUCAAUGAUGCUUUCAAGGGUCGUAAACAGACUAAUGUGAUCUACACUGACUUCAGUAAUGCUUUUGAUGAAGUUAAUCACACACUCUUGCUGGUGAAACUGAAUUUGUGUGGUUUCAGCAAUUUGUUGCUAAAGUGGUUUAGCUCGUACUUAACUGUUGCUACACAAGAUGUCAAGUUUGAGGCCUAUGCAGCGCUUAGUGAAUGG